GAGUGUGGUGAGGUGGGGAAGGCUGGCCCGGCGCCGGUCGGUGCUGUCUGGAGAGAGCGCUGGCCUCGCGGCCGGGGUGGGGGAUUCGCGUCCCACUCCUCCCCUCCCACCCCCCACAGGCAGCCCCCACCCCGAGUCCUCCUCCGCCUUGCGGAGUGAGUGCGGCCCGCGGGACCCCCGGACCUUCCCCACCCCCACCACGGCCCGGGCUUGGAGGCGCUGGCGUUACUGGAGAGGCGCCCUAACCCGAGGUGGCUUUAUCUCGUGUUUCUGUCUCGUUUGUGGAUGAGAGAAUGAUUUUCUUGCCUUGCACUCUUGUUCUAAAUUAAAGAAGUUGGAAGAUUUCGUGUCUCACAAAAUCAGAGGUGAUUUUCCUUCAUGGACUGGGAGAUACAGGGCAUGGAUGGGCAGAAGCCUUUGCAGGUAUCAGAAGUUCACAUAUCAAAUACAUCUGCCCACAUGCACCAAUUAUGCCUGUAACGUUGAAUAUGAACAUGGCUAUGCCUUCUUGGUUUGAUAUUACUGGGCUUUUACCAGAGUCACAGGAGGAUGAACCUGGAAUUAAACAAGCAGCAGAAAAUGUAAAAGCUUUGAUAGAGCAAGAGGUGAAGAAUGGCAUUCCUUCUAACAGAAUUAUUUUGGGAGGAUUUUCUCAGGGAGGAGCUUUAUCUUUAUACACCGCUCUUACCACUCAGCAGAAACUGGCUGGUGUCACCGCACUCAGUUGCUGGCUUCCACUCCGGGCUUCAUUUCCCCAGGGUCCUAUCAGUGGUGUUAAUAGAGAUAUUUCUAUUCUUCAGUGCCAUGGAGACUGUGAUCCUUUAGUUCCCCUAAUGUUUGCUUCUCUUACUGCCGAAAAGCUAAAAACAUUAGUAAAUCCAGCCAAUGUCACCUUCAAAACCUACGAAGGCAUGAUGCAUAGUUCCUGUCAACAGGAAAUGAUGGAUAUCAAGCAAUUCAUUGAUAAACUUCUACCUCCAGUUGAUUGACGUCACUAAGAGGCCUUGUGUAGGAGUGCACACCAGCAUCAUUGUAGUAGCGUAUAAACCUUUUCCUGUGCCCAAUCUUGAAACUU